AUGCUGUUCAAGAAACGCCACUCAUCCGAUACCUCGACAAUUGGAGGGUCCAUGGCUACGGGAGGACAUGGCCAGCUGCCCAUGCUGCGGCUACCGGACAAGCUGCGGUAUAACUUGCUCUGCCUGAUGGGCGAGUUCGUGGGGACUUUUCUGUUCCUCUUCUUUUCUUUCGCGGGUACACAGGUGUCCAAUACCCCAAUGCCGCCACCUGGCUCCCCGCCGAAUACUUCGAACUUAAUGUACUCAGCGCUGUGUUUUGGAUUCGCUCUAACCGUCAAUGUCUGGGCGUUCUUCCGAGUCACGGGUGGUCUCUUCAACCCGGCGGUUACGCUUGCUCUCUGCCUGAGCGGUGGUAUGCCCCCUCUUCGGGGGUUGUGUGUAUUCCCUGCGCAACUGGUCGCCGGAAUUGCUGCUGCAGGCGUGGUGAGUGCCCUGUUUCCGGGCCCGCUCAACUGCGCAACACGACUCGGCGGUGGCGCAUCGAUUUCGCAAGGACUCUUCAUUGAGAUGUUCUUGACGGCGCAGCUUGUCUUCGUCAUUAUCAUGUUGGCGGUGGUGAAGCACAAGUCCACCUAUUUAGCUCCAGUCGGAAUUGGUCUGGCUUUCUUUGUUGCAGAAUUGGUUGGUGAUUACUUUACCGGAGGAUCUCUGAACCCUGCUCGCUCCCUCGGACCGGAUGUGAUCAACCGCUCGUUUCCGGGAUACCAUUGGAUCUAUUGGGUUGGUCCAUUGCUCGGAUCCCUUCUGGCCUCUGGAUUUUACAAACUCCUUCGUCUUGUGCGCUGGGAAAGGAUCAACCCUGGCCAGGAUUAUAACGAGGAAGAGGUAGCUAGAAAAGAGUCGUCGAUUGGCUCAGAGCAUACCAUCACCGCCAAUGUCCCUUCACCCCUAAGUCCGAGAAGAGACGUUCCGUUCGAUGAGAAUGUUUAA